AUGCCCCUCCAUCUCCGCCGACGCUCCACAGGUUGCCUCCGUGCCCUCGACUCCGACGCCGACACCCCUCCGCCUCCGCCUCCGCCCCGGACGCCGUUGCCGAUGCCCUUCUGCCUCCGCCCCCAGGCCCCUCCCCUUCCUCUCCUCCGUCGCCAACUCCGUCACGUCUCACUGUUCCAGGUGACUCCUGAUGUGCAUUUCCAAAAUGAUUUGGGUCUAGAUAGCUUGGACAACGUAGAGAUUGUAAUGGCACUGGAAGAAGAAUUUAAGCUUGAAAUCUCAGAUUUGGAAGCUGAUAAAAUUGACUCCUGUCGUCUUGCUAUUGAGUACAUCUACAACCAUCCUAUGGCUGGUUAA